CAUCUUCUUGUCACCGAAGCCACGGCCGCCGCCGCCGUGAGUUCAUGCAUAUAUAUGUACUCACACACCUAUUAAAACACAUACGCGCGCACGCACGGACUAGAAUCAAGGGGGGAAUUAAGCAACUCAUUUCUGAAGUGUCCAAGUAGGAGAAUAAAAGUGUGUUUCAAGCAGGAAGAUACAACUUGACAUUCUGGCUUGGAAGGGUUAAUUUUCACUUAGAUGUCAGUGACGCCUCCUACAGCUUGCAAUGACGUAGCCUACAUCGAAUGACGUGAGGGGUACACUGCAGCCGUUGCUAUGCCUACGUACUCAAUUCUAUGCUGUAUAGCCAAGAAUAAAGAGAAAGUGAAAUCCCCGACACCGAGGGAGAAGUUUGACAUCCUUGGGUAUCAACCGAUCUUGGAGGAUGAGGACAGAGACCUCGUUUUCAAUUCAGGACGAAUCAUAUUCGAAGAGAAACACCUAGAGAUGAAAGGAGUGCCUUUUCUUAUGGAAUUUUUUAAGACCUUCCCGGAACAUCAAAAAUAUUUCAAAGCCUUUAAAAACACACCUUACCAGGACUUAAAAUCACUUCCGGUGGCAGAGAAUCAUGGGAGAAAGGUGAUGGAUGAGGUGAAGUUUCUAGUGAACAAUAUCAACGACCCAAUUCAAAUGAAGGAGAGUAUUUGGAACUUGACUUUCAGCCAUCGGAAUAGAAAAGUGAGGACUGCUCAAAUGAAGGACAUGAUUUUCGCCUUUGUUGAUUUUGUAAAGGCGGAGCUUGGAGAUGAAUUCACUGCCGAAAUGGAGGUAUCCUGGAAAAAAUUUAUCGCGUUCAUCAUGGCCAUUGUUGAAGACGAGGAGUCCAAAGCGAACACAACGGCCAGGAAUACGAUGGAAGAGACCAGCGCCCUGGAUAUUUCUAACUACAAUGUGAACAAGGUGUGACCCACUGUCGUCUGCUGCCUUUUAACUGCUUCUUGGACGUUUAUGUGUCGAGCUGAAAGAGGGGAAGAAAAAAAAACGUUUUUGAGCUCGUGACAUUGAAGAAUGAUGCGCAUGCGUGAAUGUUUGGACGGCUAUUUCCGCUGUCAAUACUAUAUAUGGAUUUCACUCAUCCUUGCAGACGCGAACAUGCUGUUGUUAGUAAAGCAUAUGUCGUAAAAUUGGUGAUUCAUAGUCAUACUAGAAACUUCAUGUAUAAACAUAGAUCCAGUGACAACUUUGUAUAUUAUUAAACUUUACUUCAAUGAUUGUGUGCUUUUUGAAGAAAGGUGUAAGUGGUUUAAACAAGAAACAGCAGGUAGUGUUGGUGAUGUCAAUAACAAGAGUGGGCUAAACUAACAAAUUAAAAAAUCAACUAAAUACUUUUCCUUUUCUUUCACUUUAUCCAAACUUAUGUUUCUGCCGUCUUUUUGUUCUAGUUAGACGUCUAGUGGCUCUUAUUCCCAUCAACAAAUAUAGACACACAUCAUUGUUUCUAUACUAUAUAUCUAUCAGCUGAUCUACUUGGCUAAAAAUAACUUUGAUAAUAUGACUCUGGAAUGUUUUGAUUGGUAUUUGUGAGGAAGUAUGUUCAAUGUUAAUUAUAAGAUGUUGGUACAAAUGACGUCUUUUUAAUGUCUUUUUUUUUAUCAUUUUAACCAUCGCUCUGUAUGAUGCAGUAGAGCAUAAGUUCAUUUCAGUCAAAGAAAUUCAUUUCAAAUGUAAGCUUUGUCAGAUACUGCUGUUGUUGAACUGUUUUCUUUUUUUUUUCUCUAAGCAAUUCAUCCAAAUAUUUACAAAAAGGAAAUAAAAGAAAAGAUAUGUG